AACAAAACCAUUUAAACCGGGUGCUGGGACUUAUAUGUCACUCAGCAUAUGUUAUUAUCAACGGCGCACAGUGGGGUAUAAUACCUCAAAAGUUGGUAUUAAUUAAAAACAUCAAGUGCUGCAAUCAUGUUCGCUCUGUUGACAGUUAUAUUACUGACAUUCCAACGCAUACUGCAACGAAAUAUUGUGGAUGUGGUGAAUCAUUUUCAGAUUCAAAUGUUUCAGAUGGACAUGUCAGCUGCAGGACCUGGUCGUACCAAAUACUUAAAAACAUCCCAAAGGAGGCUUUGGAACUCUUAGAGGUUCCGAUGGUUGCUGAGUACCAAAGAAAAAAAGAAGACGAUGAUGGCGAUGAAAACGAAGAAUCAUUAUUGGCAUAUUCUGUUAAUGAUUUAUGCACUAAAGUCGAGAUAACAAGUGAUGGGUCACAGUAGAAAGAAUCUACAAGCUAAGCAAUUAACGCGAACCUUGAACAGUCUGUUACUCAAAAACGUUUAUGAAAGUACAUCAAUUAUGAACCAGGUUUGACAUCCUCUUUGUAAAACGCCAAUUGUUCUAUUCGUUUUCAAAUCCUCAGUAGUUACUUACAAAAAUGAUGCAUUGAAACACAGAUCAUCAUCAAUCAUAACUUGUAAGUUUUCUCUCAUAUCGUUCACGAAUGAGUGACUUUGGUGCUUUCAGCUGUAUUUUUUUUUUGCGUAACGUACUCGUCAUAAACCGUAUUAUUAGUCCU